AUGGAUGAGUUGGGUAGUGAGCUGCUAGGGCCUGUAUGUUCUGACUUGGCAGAAAUGCCCACUUUUCCAGACUUCUGCACCCUCACUUUUUAUCGCUGCACCUUGAAGAAGUAUUUUGUGAAGCGGAUUCAAUGUCCAGAUAAGAUCAAUGAAGCCCCUGCAACAACACAAAACACCAACCAAGAACCUGGAGACACUGAAUCAUCAUCUACCCUACAAGAGACACUGCUUAUCAGCAUUCUCCCCACCACUCUCUCUACCACCGAAACACCUCCUGCACCUGUCACCUCGGCAUCAAACACUCCCACAGCAGCAACAGAAGCCAUGACGACGACUCUUCCAGCCACUGCCACUGGAACCGUUCCUGAACUUCCCACUGUUAUUUCUGCUGUUACUGCCUCUAUGGAACCUCUGGAUCCCACGUCUUCUACUCCUAUCACAACUGACUCAGAAUCCUUGCUUGAGCUUCUCACCGGCCUUGAUGCAGUGAUAGCCGAGCAGAGUUUUCCUGAAUUAUUUACCACCACUGGUACUACUCCUACAACAACGGAUAUGUCCUUUUCCCAGCACCUUACUUUUUUGACUGCUGUGCCCUCUCCAAGCCCUGUCCCUACACUUCCUUCCACCUCCAGUGCUAUGACUGCCGCCCCAGUUAUUUCUGUAUCAGUUGUCCCAGUAUCCCCAUCUGAGCCUGCCACCACUGAAGCGGCAAUAUCAUCUACGAGUACCACUCCCACAAUGAUGGAUGAGUCCUUUUCCCAGCACCUUACCUUUUUGGCUACUGAGCCUUCUCCAAGCCCUGUACCUACACUUCCUUCCACCUCCAAUGUUAUGACUGCCACCCCAAGUAUUUCUGUAUCAGUUGUCCCAGUAUCUUCAUCUGAGCCUGCCACCACUGAAGCGGCAAUAUCAUCUACGAGUACCACUCCCACAAUGAUGGAUGAGGCCUUUUCCCAGCACCUUAGCUUUUUGGCUACUGAGCCUUCUCCAAGCCCUGUACCUACACUUCCUUCCACCUCCAAUGUUAUGACUGCCACCCCAAGUAUUUCUGUAUCAGUUGUCCCAGUAUCUUCAUCUGAGCCUGCCACCAGUGAAGUGGCAACACCAUCUAUUCCCACAAACCCUGCCACUACUGUUGCCCCAGCCAGUAGCCCAACUUCAGCACCUUCUAGUUCCAUCAUCAUUGUCACUCCCACAGCCACAUCUACUAAUCAACCCUGUUCUGUUCUCCCUUUCUCCUCAUCUUCUACUGCUUCCAAAAUAUCCAUUCUAUUGACCAAGCCUGCCACCCCUAAAACACCUGCUCAUUUAUCCCCUCCUAGCAAUGUUGCUCAUUGGCCUGUUGUCCCAAUCUCUGCUGUUCUUGGACAGUAUCCCCUGCAGCCCACCCCUAUCAUGCAGCUUUUUGUUCUUCCUUCUGGCUUCGGUCCUAGGAAGCCGAAACUCCAGGGUGCAAUUGCCGUCUCCCCUCUGCUACCGAUUAUAGCAGGGCCUGCUAAUAUCUGGCAAAAGAAAAAGAUUCCUGAACCCCAAGCGAACUCACCAACUACUGCAAAAGUGGAGAACUUCUUACAAAUGAACUCACCAACUACUGCAAAAGUGGAGAACUUCUUACAAAUGAACUCACCGACUACUGCAAAAUUUGAGAACUUCUUCUUACGGCUGCGGGAUAGUCGAGUGCAGCAGAUGAUGCAGAAAAUGCGAGAGUUGAUGGGUAAAGGGAAAGCUGUAAAGAAACAGCUGUUGCAGUCUACCUCUCUGCAACUGCUUGGUGCACUGAAAAAUGCCAAACAGAAGUCGUCUACGGUUUCAUUAGUAUCCAAAAAGCAACUUCAAAGAUGACAUAGCCACACGGACAGAUCACCUCUUUUGUACAGAAGGCAGGACGCUAAUGGGUGGAUGUUUUGCAGCACAGUUCCAUGAGAACUUUCAGAUACUUGGUUGUGGUUCACCUGAUUCCAUUCCUGAAUUCUUUCUAAGAUGUUCCCUAUCACUUUGAGAUGAUGGGAUCAAACUAGAAAGACUUCUCUCUGGAGAUUUGAAGGACUUGGAAUUCUCUGAAACAGCAUUAGAGAGGGUGCUUCCAGACCCCACUUUAACCUCUGCUAAAAUGAAGAAUCUCAUUGUUAACUGGGCCUUCCUUUAACUGAAAGGUAUCUGAUUUCUGAAUGGAGGAGACAGAUUAUUUAUUCUUAAUUUGGGUUUUGAGACUGGACAUUAAAGAAAUAUUUUGCAGAAUUGAGCAGAGCUAAUUCACAAAUUCUGCAACCCAGAGUGGUUAUCUUCAAGUAAUUUAUUUUUCCUUGCAGGAGUCUUUGGAAAACUUUAUUUCCCAUAACCUUCCUCACUCAGGCUAAACUCGCAGGGCAACAGUGACAAGGAAGGGAAAAAACCUCUUCCCAUUUUUUGCUUGUCAACCAAUCAUUGCGGUUGCUGCUCCUGCAUAUCUACCAGUUGAAGGGAAUGGGGUGGUCAGGCAACAUUUGGAGAUUGGAAAGAAUAGCAAAGAUGUGCAGGAUGGGGAGGACUGGGAAUUCUUCAGGAGCUUUCAGUGUGAGCUGGAGGAGAAUUCAGGGUCUUGUAAAGCUCGCCUCUCAAUUUGAGAUGGAUUCUAAGAGCUCUUGGUUAGUUUCCAUAUUUGACCCAAGAAAAUUGCUAGAAUCUCUGCAUAAAACUAGCUAUUUAGCAUCAUGUUAAAUCCUAGCUAAAUGCAUAUAUAUAUAUAUAUUAACCUGUGUGGUACCAAA